CCAGGAAGUUCUUUUCCAAGAAAACAAAACUCUCUCACUUUCUCUCACUCUAUUUUUAGUGUUUGAGUGCAGGAAAAUGGCAGAAGCCAGUGUUUCAGCAGAUCAGGAUCAGUUCAGCUGUUCAGUGUGUCUGGAUCUCCUGAAGGAUCCAGUGACUACUCCUUGUGGCCACAAUUUCUGUAAGGUGUGUAUUAAUGGCUUCUGGGAUCAGGAGGGUGUGAAGGGCAUCUACAGCUGCCCCCAGUGUAGAGAGACUUUCACUCCAAGGCCUGUUCUACGCAGGAACAACAUGCUGGCUGAAGUUGUGGAGAAACUGAAGAAGACUGAACACCAAGCUGCUUCUCCUGCUCACUGUUACGCUGGACCUGGAGAUGUGAAGUGUGAUUCCUGCAUUGGAAGAAAACGAAAAGCUGUUAAUUCCUGUCUGGUGUGUCAGGCCUCCUAUUGUGAAGAUCAUCUUCAACCUCACUAUCAGUCUCCCGCCUUUAAGAAGCACAAGUUAGUGGAAGCCUGUGCAGAGCGCAAAGAGAAGAUCUGCUCUCAACAUGACAAACUGAUCGAGAUCUACUGUCGUACUGACCAAAGCUUCAUCUGUUAUUUGUGUACGAUGGAUGAACACAAAGGCCAUGAUACGGUUUCAACUAAAGCAGAAAGAACUGAAAAACAGAAUGAGCUAAAAGAGGAGCAGAUGAAAUCCCAGCAGAGGAUCCAGGAGAAGCAGAAGGAGGUCCAGGAGCUGAAACAGACUGUGGACACUAUUAAGAUGCGUUCACAGGCAGCAGUAGAUGACAGUGAGAGGAUCUUUACUGAGCUGAUCAGCUCCAUGGAGAAAAAGCGCUCGGAGGUGAAGAAGCUGAUUAGAGCUCAGGAGAAAGCUGAACUGAGUCGAGCUGAACGACUCCUGAAGCAACUGGAGCAGGAGAUUGCUGAUCAUAAGAGGAGAGUCACUGAGCUGGAGCAGCUUUCACACACACACGAUCACAUCCACUUCCUCCAGAGUUUCCCGUCUCUCUGUGUUCCUCCUGGAUGUGAGGACUCACCCAGCACCACUGUCAAUCAACAUCUCUCAUUUGAUGGAGUGAAGAAAUCUCUCUCAGAUCUGAAAAAACGAGUCGAGAAAAUCUGUGAGAAGGAAUUCAACAAAAUCCGUCCACAAGCUGCAGCAGUUCAGAUGAUUUUACCCUCAGAACCAAAAAGCAGAGAAGAUUUUCUGCAGCAUUUUUCUUAUUUGACUCUGGAUCCCAACACGGCAUAUCGUAAACUCGUUCUGUCUGAGAAGAACAGAGCAAUGACAUGCAGUGGGACAGAUCAACGAUACUCUGAUCAUCCAGAGAGAUUUGACUACUGGAUUCAGGUGUUGUGUAAGGAGAGUGUGUGUGGACGCUGUUACUGGGAGGUGGAGUGGAGCGGUUUUGGUGUGUACAUAUCAGUCUCAUAUAAAGAGAUCAGCAGGAAAGGAAAAGGUAAUGAGUGUAUGUUUGGACGCAACAGUCAGUCCUGGAGUCUGCGCUGUUCUUCUUCCUCUGUCUGCUUCUGGCACAGUGACAUUGAGACUGAGCUUCAGGGUCCAGCAUCCUCCAGAAUAGGAGUGUAUGUGGAUCACAGUGCAGGAACUCUGUCCUUCUACAGCGUCUCUGACACGAUGAGGCUCCUCCACAGAGUCCACACCACAUUCACUCAGCCUCUAUACGCUGGAUUCUGUACAUUUUAUAACUCAACUGUGAGGUUAUGUGAUCGAAAAUAACAUGUUAGGAAAAGUGUUUAGUAAAAUUAUCAAGUGCUUUUCUCUUAAUGCACAAUGUAAUAUGUUUCUAGAAAAAAACAAAAUGUUAUCAAACAGACCAUUUAUCUGUAUGCAUGAGAUUUAUUAUACUGAUAUGAAACAUUUAGAACGUCUCAAAAAAUUGUGUUCUGGCUUUGGCAAAGACUGUUUCUUCAGAAAUAAUAAAACUUAC